GACGACCGCCUAGGUUCCGCGCAAGCGCAGAAUCCGCACAGCGGAGGAUUGUGGGAUAGAAAGCUAUCGCCAGGGCAACAAGCAGAGUUUAGCGAGCGGAAAUCUGCGGCUAGCAGAACAGUAAGGUCGGGUAAUUAUCAGACAAACAUCUUUUACACCAAAAACCGUUUUAGUUUGUUGCCAUGAACGAAUCUGUCGCCAAAAAGACGCAAGAGACUCUGGGAAAAGUGAUCAAAAAGCCUCCACUGACAGAGAAACUGCUCAGCAAACCGCCGUUUCGAUACCUGCACGAUAUCUUCAGUGAGGUAAUACGUACCACAGGCUUUAUGAAAGGACUUUAUGGAGAAGCGGAGAUGAAGGCAGAUAAUGUGAAGGACAAAGACUCAAAAAUAGCAUUCCUUCAGAAGGCCAUUGAUGUGGUGAUGCUGGUUAGCGGAGAGCCGUUGGCCGCUAAACCUGCUCGAAUCGUAGCCGGACACGAACCAGAGAAGACCAACGAGCUGCUGCAGGUCAUUGCUAAGUGCUGUCUCAACAAGCUCUCCAGUGACGAGGCUGUUAGGCGGGUGUUAGCAGGAGACAAGCUGGAUCAGAAGGGGAAGCCCAGCACCUCCAGGUCCCAGGACAAGGAGAACAGAGAGGGCAGGGAGCGCCACCAAGACCGAGAGGAGAGGAAGGGCAUCAAGGAGAGCAGCGGGAGCCGAGAGCAGAAAGAUCCAGAUCAACCGAAAGAUCAAGAGAGCAAGAGGGAUGACAAGGACCGCCGGCGAGAUGCCGAGAGAUCUGACAAGGGACGCGAAAGAGACCGGACAAAAGACAGAGACAGAGACAAAGACAAAGAAAAGAGCCGGGAUCGGGAGAAAGACAAGACCAGAGAGAAGGAGCGUGAGAAGGAGAAGGACCGUAACAGGGACAAGGAGAGAGAACGAGAUAAAGAGAGGGAUAAGAAAAGGGAACGGGAACCUCACAAAGACAGAGACAGAGGCCGAGAACGAGACAAGGAGAGAGAUCGCGAGCGUGAGAAACGACGGGAGAGAGAAAAAGAUAAAGAACGACACCGAGAGACAGACGAGAAGCCAAAGGACAGAGGCGAUAGAAAGAUCAAGGCAGCAGAGGAGAUCAGCAAGCCAAAGCCUCCCCCAGAGGUUGUGAGUAAAACACAUGAAGCCGAAGCAGAUGAGGCUGAGGGCGGUGAACUGGAGCCUACAGAUCUUUCUGAAAUCCAGGCUGAGAGUCCUUCCCGGAUCCCAAGGCCCUCAUCAGCUAAAGGACAGCGGCGGUGGCCCAAAACAGGAGGUCAAGAUGAGACUGAGAGUGAAGGAGAAGGGGAAGCCCCUUCAGCAGAGAAACCAGUCCACAUUGAGAAUGGAGACACAGUGAAUUCUGUGCCACCUCAAACAACACACAGAAGACGAUUACCACGGCCUAGCAGUGCACGACCGGCAGCCCCCCGCGUCAAACGACAGGAGAGCUACGCUGAUGUGACCCCAGCAGAGAGGCUGGGCAGUGGCAAGACCCCUGCGACUGUUAUUUUGGAUGGCAAGAAGCUCUCUGAAGAUGAGGAUGAUGAAGAUGGGCAGUUUGUGGUGGAGGAGGCAGCUGCACCUCCUCCUGACAUACCUGAAAUUGAGCGUAAUUCACUUGACCUGCAAGGGAAUGACAAACACGGUGGACUUGUGAAAAAAAUCCUAGAGACAAAGAAAGACUAUGAAUCCUCCCCGGCCACAAAGUCAAAAGAACAGGAUCGGUCACUGGUGUCGGAGGUGUCUCGUAAGAAGGAACGUGAAUUGGUGGCGAAGGAGAUCGAGCGCCUGCGUUCGUCCAUACAAACAGUGUGUCGCAGCGCUCUGCCUCUGGGUAAGAUCAUGGACUACAUUCAGGAGGAUAUGGACUCCAUGCAGAACGAACUGCAGACGUGGCACAAAGAGAACAAGGAGAAUGCACAGGCUCUGCUACAGGAACAAAGAAUCACAGACAGCGUUGUGGAACCUCUGAAGGCUGAGCUCGCUGAACUAGAGCAGUUAAUCAAAGACCAGCAGGACAAGAUCUGUGCAGUCAAGUCCAGCAUCCUGAAGAACGAGGAGAAGAUCCAGAAGAUGGUAUCCAGCAUUAGCUUCUCCUCACAAACGUGAAUUCCAGCACAUCCCAAAAAAACCUGAAGCACUGAGCAACAGGGAGAGCUCCUGUCUAAUACACCUGAUGUCUUUGAGCAGCACUGGAGAGAGUUCAGAAGGUGCAGGUACAGUCAGGAGUCCCUCUCCUCAAACCCCCUUCAUGUAUGGUGCCUUCUGUAAGACCCAGGAUCUGUUUGCGCUGGUCCAUUGGGAUUCUCAAACACACUCAUACGUCUGCAGUAGAUUUGCACUCAUCACUUGCUUGAAAGAUAAAUGUGUGUGGUCACCAUACUGAUGUGUCCUGUAUUUUUUAAAUAGGACUUCAGUUGAUCUCCAUGUUCUCUUAGGAAGACAGAAUGACUGGUUCAUUUUAUUUUAUUUUUAUUUAGCUUUUUUUCAUUCAGACUGACAGGUGUUUUUGUCUCACGAGAGAACAUUGGCAAUAUAUCACAUAUGUGAAUAUAUAAUUAUUUAUAUAUGUAUAUGUGUGCAUUGAAAACUAUAGAAGCUUGUUUCUACCAUUUUUUUAAAUUUCUGAGAUUAAAUAAUAAAAAGUUAAUUACGACUUUUUAUCUCGCAGUUUGGACUUUUUUGAUGAAAUUCUGAAAAGGAAAGUCAGAAUGUGAGACAUAAACUUGCAGUUGCAUGAAAAAAGCCAGAAUUGUGAGAGAAAGUUGUGAUUUUCUUUUUUAUUUAGUGCAAAAAGAAAAAAAACAGUUGCGAGAUGUAAAUUUCGAAUUCAGAUAAAAAGACAGAAUUGCGAAAUGUAAACUUGUAAUAGCGAGAAAGAGUUUGUCUUGCAUUUCUCAGAAUUGUGAGAAAAAAAGUCAGUUACCUUUUUAUUUGUUUAUGCUGUGGCAGAAACAAGCUAUCACAGAAAUAUAAUAUGACAUGUAUGUAUGUAUAUGAUAUAUAAAUAUAUUUUAAUGUAAUUUUCUAAAGCUGUUAGAAAGCAAUAGAAUUUUACAGAUGAGCAUUAGAAUUGCCAAAAAUUGGAGAAACACACGCACCUCUGCACUUUGAUAAAUGAGACUGUAAUACAGCACAUCAUUUACCUGUACGCAUCAAAAACCUCUAUUAGCUAAAUAUAUGUUCAACGAAACAAGAUUAGAUUGCAUAAGUGUCUUUUAAGUCAAUUUAUUGGAUAAAUCAAGAAAUGUACCUUGAUCAACUGUAUAUGUGUAUGUUUCAAAUUAAUAUCAAUAAUGAAAAAGUUCAACUGAUAUUUCAUCUGAGAAAACAUGACUGAAAAACUUUCCAAGACACUUUUUUUUCUACUGCAAACUGAGAUCCAUGAAGCAAUUUAAAAGUUUUUAUUUUGGAAAGGUUAUGACGUGAAAAACUGUGUUACAUGAAGCAAUAACAGUCCAAUCUGAUCCACUGGUCGAGCACAACAUGUAGAAAAUCUUCAGCGUGUAUACCUAGUCACACUUUAUGGAUACUGUGGUACUGUACCAGUGUCUAGAUUAAUUUUACAACUAAACCACACAGCAUGAAUGUCAGUAGAAUCAGACUUCAAUAUACAGAUUAUAUACUACAUCAGUAUUAUCAGCUGUGCACCAUGACACAAAAUAGUUUGCUAGUUAUUUUAAGUAAAAUCAACUUCUUCAAUGUCAAUGAAAUAUAUUGGCGUUUCCAUUUACUUCGUAAAAGAGACGACCAUUUACACUGUAAACGAUUUUUACCAUAUCCAUACUUUUUGCUGUACAUUUUGUGUAUAUGUUGUUUGUAUCUUAGUUCACAGAUGAAUAUUAAUUUUGUAGUGAAGUCUAAUAAACAGUUACAUUUCUGUUAAAA